AUGAUUCACGCUCGUCGCAUUGCACUCUUCCUUGGAGCGUUGCUCCCCGCCGUUCUUGCUGCUCCUACGCCAAAGAGCAACGACAUCAUCCCCGGGAAGUACAUCAUUACUCUCAAGCCAGGAGCCGAUGCCGAUGCCGUAGAGACCCACUUGAACUGGGUCACCGAUGUCCACAAGCGCAGCUUGACCAAGCGUAACACUGCUGGUAUCGAGCAGACUUAUGGCAUCAGCGACUGGAAGGCGUACGCUGGAGAGUUCGAUGAUGCUACCAUCGCUGAGAUCGAGGCCAACCCUGAUGUUGCUCUCGUUGAGCCCGAUACUGUCUCAUGGCUCCCAUUCACUGUCGAUAAGGACACAAAGGAAACCAAGCUCGAGGAUCGUGCCUUGACCACCCAGACCGGAGCUACCUGGGGUCUUGGUGCCAUUUCCCACAGGUCUGGCUCCUCCAGCAGCUACAUCUACGACACCACUGCUGGUGAGGGUACAUAUGCCUACGUUGUUGACAGUGGUGUUCUCACCACCCACAACCAGUUUGGCGGCCGUGCCACUCUUGGUUACAACGCUGUUGGCGGAGCUCACACUGACACUCUCGGUCACGGAACUCAUGUUGCUGGUACCAUUGGUGGAAGCACUUACGGUGUUGCUAAGAAGACCAACUUGAUCUCCGUCAAGGUCUUCGCUGGUCGCGAGGGUACUACCUCCACCAUCCUGGCUGGCUUCAACUGGGCUGUCAACGACAUUGUCUCCAAGAGCCGAACUACCAAAUCAGUGAUCAACCUCAGUCUCGGUGGUCCCGCUUCCACCACAUGGACAAACGCCAUUGCCGCCAGUUACUCUCAGGGUGUUCUCUCUGUUGUUGCCGCCGGAAACGGUGACACCAACGGCAACCCUCUUCCCGUCUCUUCUCAGUCUCCAGCAAACGCGCCCAACGCCCUCACCAUCGCUGCUGCUGAUUCCAGCUUCCGCCCCGCCACCUUCACCAACUAUGGCGCUGGCGUUGAUCUCUUCGGCCCAGGUGUUGGCGUCCUCUCCUCUUACAUUGGUAGCAACACCGCCACUGCCAGCCUCAGCGGCACUUCCAUGGCCACCCCUCACCUUGUCGGCCUUGCGGUCUACCUCCAGGCUCUCGAGAACCCCGGCUCUGCCGCCGCUCUUACCAGCCGUAUCAAGUCUUUGGCCGUUUCUGGUCGCAUCACUGGUACCCUCAGCGGUAGCCCUAACCUCUUUGCCUACAACGGCAACGGUGCUUAGAUGACUUUCCGAGACCUAUAAAUAGUGGAAACGGUGAUCAAUGAUUAUUGGGAAUUCGAAAAGAUAUGUAGCUCAGGGGACAAUUGACAUAGCAAUAUCAAAAUGUUGGAUUAUAUGCUAGUGUUUGCGGUGUAUUCGCGUUUUCAAUCAUUGUUGCCCAAGG